AAAAAUGGGAUCAACUUAAUAUUAUUUCCAUCAUUCUGUAUUUUUCAAUUAUGGCUAACCAUCGAUGGACAUUUUUGUUGUUGAUUUUUAUUUUAUUUUUAUCGCCGAUUAAAUCAUCGAAAUCAUCGAAAUCCUCAAAAUUUGAUUACAUUUUAUUGGCAACACAAUGGCCAGAAAGUUUUUGUGAACAUAACAAAUGUAUUCAUCAUCAAGAUCGUUGGUUAAUACAUGGAGCAUGGCCGGAAAAUAAUGAUGGUUCCUAUCCACAGUAUUGUAAUCGUAAUAGUAAAUUUAAUCCUGAUGCAAUUAAAUCAAUCGAAGCAGAAUUGAUUAUCAAUUGGAAAUCAAUAAAAUCGGGCAGUUCAAAUGAAAAUUUUUGGUCACAUGAAUAUACCAAACAUGGAACGUGUGCUAUCGAAUGUCCUUUGAUGCGUGAUGAAUUGGGAUAUUUUAAAUCAACAUUGAAUGCAUUUAAAAAGUUGCAUAUUGAACAAUGGUUAGCCGAUGAUGGUGUGUUUCCUUCGGAAACACAAACAUAUUCAUUACAAAUUAUCCAUGAUUCCAUUCGAAAAGGUUUCGGUUAUCGAGUACAAAUCCAAUGUACACAAAGUAAACGACAUGACUAUCCUAUCAUUUUACAAAUUAAUUUUUGUCUAUCCAAACAAAAUCUGUCACCAUUUGAUUGUCAAUCCGAAGAUGUUGGCUGUUUUGAUUCAAAAGUUGGCUAUCUACCCACAAGAAAAUGAUAAUUUUCAAAUAUUUUAAUUCGUUUGAUUUAUUACAUUAAAAAUUGACAAUUAGUUA